UCUGCUGAAAUGCUAAAUAAGAUACCGCAGACUAUUUAAUGCGUCUCAGAAACUAAAUAACCUCAUUUGAGAAGUGUUGUUCUACAGAGGUAGAUUUUUCCACUCAAGACACAMGAUGACAGCUAUUAAGAUGUUCGCACCACUGUACACAUGUUUGCUUCUUGGAGAGAUGGUUCAUGCACGAGCUGGGACUGAGCCCUCAGCCAUACAACAGUCGAGUGGUCUCACGUCAGCCAAUGUUGGGGACACAGUGACUUUGCAGUGCUUCUAUGAAGGCGACGUGGCCAUGCAUUUCUCUUGGUACAAGCAACCCUUGGGAGAAAAACCUCAGGUCAUCUCAACAGUCUAUAGGUAUGACGAGGCUCCUACAUUUUACCAUGAAUUCAAGGGUAACCCUCGAUUUUCAGUGCAAAGCGGCCAAGGAAUAAAUCACCUCAGCAUCUCAGACAUAAAUAGCUCGGAUUCAGCCUUGUACUACUGUGGGAGCGCACACUCGAAUGUGUUGGAAUUUGGAAAAGGAACCUUUCUCAAUAUAAAAGAUUCAGGCUCCAACAGCGAGACAGCUGUAGAGCAGUCUGUGUCUGAGUCAGUCCAGCCAGGAGAGUCUGUGACUCUGAACUGUACAAUACACAUGGAGACCUGUGCAGGAGAACACAGUGUCUAUUGGUUCAGACGUGGCUCGGGAGAAUCCCGUCCAGGAAUCAUUUACACCAAUGGAGACAGGAGUGAUCAGUGUGAGAAGAGCCCUGAGGCUGGGUCUCCUACACAGAGCUGUGUCUACAACCUCCCCAAGAGGAACCUCAGCCUSUCUGAUGCUGGGACUUACUACUGUGCUGUGGCCUUAUGUGGGGAGAUACUCUUUGGGAAAGGGACCAAGCUGGACAUUCAAGGGGGUGAUAUCCAGGUGGCGACUGAAGCGGAUAUGAGGAUCCUUGUCCUCUUCUCCAUCAUAAGAARUGMAUUUCUCCUCUGCUGUCUGACCAUCUUCUUCAUCAUCUACCUCAUCAGGAAAUAGAUUAAAUCAAUAAUUCAGUUUCUCAGUCCUUUAGCUGUUACAAAUGCAAAUGUGGUUUACUGUCUUUUCAAAUGUUUCAGUGCUCGUCAGCUUUGGUAACAUAAUGUAAAGUUAAAUGCCCAUAUUUCAGCCUUUCGACACGUUGA